CCUCUCCCCCCUCUGUCUGUGUAUGAGUGUCUUUCUCCCUCUCUCCCCCCACCGUACCCUCACCUUUUUAGGGAAGAUAAUAUGGGGGACCCAGAUGUUACAUUUCACUGGCCAAUGGUGAGCUGAGAGGGGCUGGAUUGGUGUGGAGUCCUGAUGCCCCUUCUUUUAAAAACGCCUGAUCUCCCGUCUCCAACGCAGCAACUUUGACUCACAUGAGAAAGAGCCGUGGUGAGAGGCUCUGCUCGACCCGCAGCAUCACUCACACCUGAGAGGCUCCAUUGGUUACGCUCAACUCUUACCUGAAAGCUGAAGAAGAGCCAUCUAUACCGCCAUCUCAGUUCUUGUUUGUGUGUUAGUGUUGUAGAGAAAAACAAAGUCACCUGGAAGUGAAGGGGGCAGCACCAUGAUGGGAUUGAACAAGGCGGCUCUCCUGCUGUCCGUCCUGGCUUCAGUGGCCCAGUGCCAAGGAUCUGUGAGGAGCAGGAUCCAGACGGACGAGAACAGGAGAGUGCCCCCCAGUCCUUUCAUUGAUACACAAACAACAGGCGUGACAGAGUGGACGUCUUGGUUUAACAUUGACCAUCCUGGGGGGAAUGGAGACUAUGAGCGGCUGGAAGCCAUCCGUUUCUAUUACAGGGAGAGAGUCUGUGCACGGCCCACAGCCAUGGAGGCUCGCACUACAGACUGGGUGGCAGCAUCAGACACCGGGGAAGUGGUCCACUCCAGUCUGGAGAAGGGCUUCUGGUGUGUCAACAAAGAGCAGCCGCACGGCCGAGCCUGCUCCAACUACCACGUUCGCUUUCAAUGUCCCCCGGUGCAGAGCUAUUGGACUGACUGGAGUGAGUGGGGUCCCUGUACUACCACAGCAUGUGAUGAUGUCGGCAUCCAGGUCCGCCAGAGGAAAUGCGUCAGUACCCAGCCCACGCCUCUCCUGUUGGUGCCAGCAUGCCAGGGGCACCAUUCAGAGAGGAGGGAGUGCUCCACGCCUCCAUGCACCGCCAAGUGGGGUCCCUGGGGCCGGUGGGGGACGUGCUCUGUAACUUGUGGUGGAGGUCGCAGGAUUAGGAGGAGGACCUGUGUCAGGAGCUCAGUGACAGUGCAGUGUAAUGGACGGCCUGUUGAAAUACAGAAAUGUGGGAAGAGUCCAUGCCCAGCCAAAUGUCAACACGUUUGCACUGAGGGUCGUCCCAGUGAGGACUGCAGCCACUGCGUGUGUGACAGCCAUGUGUUGCAUGGAGAAGUCCACAGUGUGGCCGGCGUCCCUGUGGAGGGGGCGGGGGUGACACUAGCCAGCCAGCCCAAAGUCAUCCGUGCGCGAACAGAUGCCAAAGGUCAGUUUAGAAUUGCAGGAGUCUGCUCCUCCAGCUCCACCUUGGUCAACAUCAGGAGAGACAAGUUUGUCCCGAUCACGGUCUCCACCUCCACUAACGCCACAGGAAUGUCCUGGGUACAGGCCGUCCUCAAAUCAGCCGAAAAGCCGUACAUUGUGAAGCAUCCAGAGGACAAAGUGCGUUUUGAGGGAGGACGGGUGCUGUUUUGCUGCAAGGCAACAGGGUCACCAACACCUGACAAAUACUACUGGUACCACAAUGGGACUCUGCUGGACAGGAAGGUGCACAAGUAUGAAGAGGACCUCGUACUGCGAGACCUGAAGCCAGAGCAUUCGGGAGAGUAUUACUGCAAAGCCAGCAGCCCAGCAGGCAGCAUCAAGUCCACUCCAGCUACCCUCACUGUGACUGCGAGGGGAACACCAGCAUGCAAUUCCACCCCUGAGAUGCACCUCAUCAGACUGCCGCUGGACUGUGUUCAACGUGGGACUAACUCCAAGUACUACAAUGCUGGCCGCUGCCCUCACAACAAAUGUGCUGGCUCUCUAGACUUUGAUACACGCUGCAGAGAUGGUGCCGGAUUCUGCUGCGGGGUCCAGAAUAUGGAAAGUCGAAUCAUUGACUGUGGGAGAUACAACCUCCCCAUUAAGGCUGUCAUGCAGUGUGGCUGUCAGAAGUGCGUGCAGCCACCUGUGCUAGUUCGAGGCAGAGUGAUCUCAGCGGACAAUGGCGACCCUCUACGUUUUGGGCACAUCUACAUUGGUAAAGAGAGGAUGGGCACCACUGGAUACCAGGGAGGGUUCACAUUGCAAAUUACUCCUGAUACACAAAGACUGGUGGUAAAUUUUGUUGAUCCCACUGAGGAGUUUAUUGACACACCUAAAGUAUUCAUUUUGGACAAGAAAGGAGGAUCAAUCUACCAUGAUGUGAAGGUGAUGAGAAAACAGAAACCAAUUGACAUCAAUGCAGGAGAAACCAACUCCAUUGACCUUGGAGAAAUUAAAGGGGAAGACCCCAUUGGGCAGCUGGUCAUUCCUCCCAAUUCCUUUCACAAAGACAAUGGAGAAAUCUAUGAGGGGACUGUAAAAGCUAGUGUCACAUUCAUUGACCCGAGAAACAUCACCACUGCUGCGGCUGCACCUGGUGAUCUCAACUUUGUGAAUGAUGAGGGUGACAUGCUCCCUUUGAGGACAUACGGCAUGUUCUCCGUUGACUUCAGAGAUGAGACUAAUAAGGAAAUACUAGGAGCUGGAGGAGUUCAAGUACUCCUUGACACACAGCAUGUCAAAAUGCAAGAACAUAUUCCCAAAAUGAAACUGUGGUCUUUAAAUCCAGACACAGGAGUCUGGGAGGAGGAGAGUGACUUUUCAUACACCACAAGAACUUCCGGUGGUCAUGGGCGCAGCAAGCGAGAGGAGCGCACAUUCCUCAUAGGCAACAUGGAGAUUCGAGAACGUAGACUCUUUAACUUGGAUGUACCUGAAAACAGACGCUGCUACGUCAAGGUCCGGGCCUACAUGAGUGACAAGUUUCUUCCAACUGAACAGCUGGAAGGUGUUGUGAUCACUUUGAUAAACUUGGAGCCCAAACCUGGAUAUUCUUCUAAUCCCAGGGCAUGGGGCCGCUUUGACAGUGUCUUGACUGGAUCCAACGGAGGCUGUUUACCAGCUUUCUGUGAUGCUCUGAGGCCUGAUGCUUACACAGCUUAUGUUACUGCAAUGAUGGGUGGAGAAGAAUUGGAGGCAGCUCCUUCCUCCCCUAAAAUGAAUCCAAACAUCAUUGGAGUGUCUCAACCAUAUCUAGAUAAAAUAGACUAUCAGCGCUCAGAUCAUGAGGAUCCAGCUCUGAAGAAAACAGCCUUCAGAAUCAACUUGCCUAAGCCUAACCAAAACAAUCUAGAUGAGACCAAUGGGCCAAUAUAUCCAUAUCGAAACCUAAUAGAUUGUGAGAAUGCCCCUGUUGAUGCAAAUCAUUUCAGAUUCUUCAGAGUGGAAAAGGACAAGUAUGAAUACAAUGUAGUUCCAUUUGAGGAGAGUGAUUUGACAACCUGGACAGGUGACUAUCUUUCUUGGUGGCCAAAUCCCCAGGAAUUCAGAGCAUGCUUCAUUAAAGUUAAGAUCCAUGGACAGAAGGAAGUGAUGGUCAGGUCAAGGAAUCUGGGAGGCACACACAGGGAAACAACAGGCAAACUUUACGGCAUUAGAGACAUUCGCAGCACCCGGGACAUGCGAGAGGCCAACACCUCGGCAGCCUGUGUGGAGUUCAAAUGCAGUGGCAUGUUGUUUGAUCAAGCAGAGGUGGACAGGUCCCUCAUUUCAAUCCUUCCACAGGGGAACUGUCGCAGGAUCGGCACCAACAACCUCCUUCACGAGUAUCUCAUCAAACAUCCACCAGUCACUCAAAACAACGAGUCACAUGCAUUCAACAUGUUAGCUCCCGUUGAUCCCCUUGGACACAACUAUGGCAUCUAUACAGUUACAGACCAGAAUCCAAGAUUAGCCAAGGAGAUCGCCAUUGGGCGCUGCUUUGAUGGCACCUCAGAUGGUUUCUCCAGGGAGAUGAAGUCAGACUCUGGAGUGGCAUUGACCUUUAGCUGUCCAGAGAGGAAAAUCAACAGGGAAAGCCUCUUCCAGCGCUUGCAGACCAAUCCGGGUCAGACACUGUCUCAAAUGGCGAGGGACAUGAGAGAGUCGCAGGGUCUGCAGAUGCAGAGAUCAUCCACCCAGGUGGUGGCCUAUCCUUCAGAACAGCAGAGCAUAACCCAGAAUCGUAGAUUCAGCUCUACAACCCGGAGGAGAAUGUCCAUGCGCACACAACAGCGCCAGUAGAGGUGCCAAGAAGUAUUCUUUGAGACUGAUACGGUGGCAUCAAGUAGUGCAAGUAAAUCUUGUCCGUCGGUUGUUGAGAGUGAACUCCCUCUGGACUCUGAAAACCACAAAACCAAAGCAGACAGCAAUUCAGUAAAGACAUUCUAUUUUAUACUUGAAAUGUUUGGUAUAUUAAUCUCUUUAUUCUCUCCUAAAAUGAUGUAACAUGUAAUUGAUUGGCUUUGGUCUCAUUUUAUUGAAUGUGGCAUUCCACUUUUCCCAUGGUGGGUGUUUUUCCUGAUGUCUAUUAAUACUUAAUAUUUAAUACUAUGACAGGCCCCAAACAUUUCAGAAUUGGCCAUUACUUUCCUUUUGAUCCAGAUCAGCAUUAAAAGCAAGAGAGCCAGGUGUUUGUACCAGACACUGAGCCCAUUUUUUUUGACAACCUGAGACACCGUUUCCCCUGAAUGGGAAGGUACACUUGAAAGAGGCAGUGGCAUAAGGCACGUCACCCUGGGAACUGAGGAUGUUUUUAGACAUGCUUUGUAAUGUUCAUCAGCAUGCUACAUCGCUAACUUUGACUAAGCCAAAGUUACUUUCUUACCUAUUUAGAUUAUGCAAGGAUGGAUUUCAUGCACUAUAAAGUUUUUAGUUUCACAUUCCAGAGUACAUCACCAAACCAAAAUGUUUAUCAAAGUGACAAAUUCCUCAACAUGUAAUUUUGUCGUUGUUACUGAGGCUCAUUUUGGGUCUAAAUCGACUUUGGUUUUAUGUGUCUGUGACCUUAUGUGUGCAAUAAAUAUGCAGUAUCAUUUUUAGAAAUUUCAGCAUGUAACAAAUUA